ACAACGCCAUCAGCAGCAGCAGCCAAAGUAUGCACGCACACGACCCAAUCUCGCGAGGUAAAGUGAUACACGGACCUUAAUCUCGACACUAUUAUCUUAUCGCAGCAAUUGCAAGAGGCACUAGUUUAAAAUUAGUCUGUUAAAAUCAGCAGUUAUCAACUCGAUUAGUUAAUGUAGUGACGGUUAAUUUCUCUUGUUUAACAAUCUAUUGCGUCAUCAACAUCACCUGUAGAAUUCUGAGGCAAAGUGAUACAAAAGUUGUUCUGAAAGAAAACAAUGGAAUUUAUGGACUCUUGGUUCCUCCUGCACGAGAAUACUCUCCAUUUAAAGACAGUUUAUGACCAUCAUCAAACCGUGAUAUCUUCAGUGCCGGUUGGUCAAAACUUUGGUGUGGUUCAUCCCAUGGUGGACGACUCUGUGGAGAUGGAGUCUGUAGAAUUGUCUGGUCGUGGAGGUGAUGGUGAGGAUGAGGAUCUCCUGUACCGACAUUCAGCCUGGGUUAUGUGCGUCCUGAUUGCGGGAUAUCUAUUCGUCCUCUGUUUCGGAUUGUUGGGAAAUUUUUCUGUCCUCAUCGUCGUCGCUCGGACCCCCAGGAUGUCAACUGUGACCAAUCUGUUCAUCUGUAAUCUCGCAUUGGCGGACCUGCUCGUCUUGAUAUUUUGCAUCCUGCCCAAUCUCGUCUCCAAUAUAUUUGUUCCUUGGGUCCUUGGAUGGUUCUUGUGUAAAACAGUCCCAUAUAUCCAAGGGGUUUCUGUGUGUGCUUCCAUUUACUCCCUCGUCGCCAUCUCAGCGGAAAGAUGUUUCGCAAUUCAAUGGCCACUUCACGCUCAAUUGACCAAGUCCACAGCGCGCAAUUGCAUAAUCUUGAUAUGGAUAUGGUCGUCCCUGGUUUGCGUCCCGUGGGCAAUUUUCUUUGACAUUUCCGCCGCAGACAGCCAAUACCCCGACCUUCAAUUUUGCGUUGAAACUUGGCCUGAGGGAUUCAACUGGGAGAAUUACUACUUUUUCUUCGGAAACCUGAUUCUCUGCUACCUUUUCCCUCUGGGCGUCAUCUCGCUCUGUUAUUUUGUUAUUUGGCUCCGAGUGUGGCGAAGACCUUUGCCAUGUGACGUUAGAAACUCAUCGGUCGAACUUAUCCACAAGAAAUCGAAGGCCGGUGUUCUCAAAAUGUUACUCGUCGUAGUCUUAAUGUUCGCUCUCAGCUGGCUGCCCCUCUACAUAAUUUUCUCCAGGAUAAAAUUUGGCGGAAAAUUGACAACUCUAGAGCUUGAAGUCGUCUCAAUUGGCACACCGCUGGCUCAAUGGCUGGCCGGAAGUAAUUCAAUGUGGAAUCCGUGGAUCUACGCGUUUUUAAACGUCAAAUUUCGUCGAGCUUUCAACAAUCUGUUUUGUGGUCGAACGCUCCGCCGAGAUCCGACCCCACAUUACCAAAAGCCCAAUGUCAACAUUAUGUUGAAAAGGCUGCAUAUGUACAAGGGCCAUACAAACACGUCGUCCAUGUUUAAUGUGACUGAAGUCUGAGAGCCCAUAUUUAUUUCUAUACUUUUCAACGACUUCCGGCAAAAUUUCCGGUGGUAAGUACCGUUCAAGGCGAAAUUUAUAGACCGCAAAUACAUACAUUGCACAAACUUUAUCAGGCCAGGUUAGAUAAACAUUAAAGGAAAUGAGGGUAAAAGCAAAAGCGACCAUUCAUUCAUCUCAUGUACCAGACUACAGGUUGUUAUGUAACAGAGAGAGAGAAAGUCGUCCAUUUCAUUCUCAACUAAAAUGACCACCACCCACCCACAAGUUUAUUUGUUCUUUCUUCCGGUCUAGAAAAUAUCCUUUGACUGUUGGCUAGUUUCAGAAAUAAGGACGCCGACGGGUAUUUAUUUUCAGAAAAUGUGUGCUAACGAGGGUCUAAAUCUUGGAUAUAUCUGUAACAUGCAAUUUUCAAGGGAUUUACGUAAUCGUAUAUGUAUUCGCUUGGUGGAAAAGGUUCUCCUCCUCCUUAUUUCAAGUUCAAUCUAAACUUUGCAAACAACCAAUUAGACUUAAGGCAAAGUUUGUUUGUGCGAAGGGUCUUUUCUUUGCGAUGUAGCUAUAAUUGCAAUUUUGCAAUGUCCCCUAAUAAUAGUGAAUGUUCUUCUGUACAAAAUAUUAACAAAGUAAAUAAUAAAGGGUAAAAAAUGUCUAUGUCUGCAAAGUUGUAUAACGUUUUGAAAGUGCAGCGUUAAUUUUGGCUGUUGGAGAAUUUUUAAUGAAGUUGUUUCUCAUGUUGGCUUGAAAGUUCGAGUGCUUAAGCACAUAAGCAAAUAUUUUGUCUCGAAUUAAAGAAAAUAUAUGUGUGUUAGUUUAGUGAUGAGAGUUUAAGAAUGAAUGUCUGGAAUAUAUUUUUUUAUGGUUAAAAGUUUUUGACAAUUUAUCGUAUUAAUUAAGAUA